CCAGUCGCGUCCGUACGCCGUUUCCCCGGGAUCUACGCUAGUCGCGCCGUACAACCGCCGUCGUGUGCUCGGCCGCCGCCGCCGCCGCCGCCGCCACUGUUACCGUUGUGCAGUUGCACGCGCGCGCACCGCACCAGCCGCUGCACACCAACACCGUAAGGGCACCACACCUUGCAGUCGUCGCUGCUAAACCGCGCCCCGACACGACAAUAAUGAUAACACCAUAACGACGACGACGACGACGACGGAUCGCCCCCGAUAAUCUCGUGUUACCGUUGUACGGCCGGGUACGGUACGUACGAUUUUGUAUUACGUUUGCGUAGCGUCGCAACGUACGCCGAAACACGUAACACCGGCCGCGGUCGCGUCGCGUUAUCCGCGUUGUACGACACGUGCGCGCUGCGGACGACGCGCGUAAUAUUUCCAUAACCAACGGUACCGUGCCGAGAUUAUCAUACCGUUGCCGUCGUCGGCACCGCAACGCCAUGGCGGCGGCACUGCGCGGCGACGACCACCGUCGCCGCCGCCGCCGAAGUCCCGACCUCCUCGGCGCUCGGCCGUCCCGUUCGUCGCCCCGCCGCACGACGGACAGACGCUGCAGUCGUUACGCCGCCGCCGUCGCGCCGCCGCCUCCGCUGAUGCCGCCUCCGCCGCACUGUCCGACGCGCCCAGCUGCCGUGUUCUUCCGACAGCCGUCUCUGUUCGCCGCCCGGCCACAAGUAACAAAUUAAGAUGUUAAUCUAACUCGAAAUAUUAUGGCCAAUGUAGUAGGAAAUGUUAGUAAUUGAGUAUGAGAAGAUUGUAAAAUUUUUCACAUUUAUAAUUAACUUAAGAUAUUAUUAAUACAGAAUGUCUGAAAGCGAAAGAAAAAAAAGAUCACAAUGUAUAGACGUUUGGGAAGAAGCCGGUUCGGAAUUCUACCAAGAAAGCUAUCCAGGAAUGGAGGCAGAUUUAGAAGCAUUUCAAAAAAAUCCAAAUAAGCUUUCAACUUUGUUACCUAGUAAUAAAACAAGAACCGCACGGAAGAAAAUCAAUAAUGGGACUAUGUGCUAUCAAGCAACAGCUACCCUAAAACCAGCGGAAUACGGAACAUUAUGUCAAAACACUAUGGGUUGUAAUAAUGAAAUUCAAAUAUCUCUUAUGCCUGAUUUGUCUGAAAAUUUAUCGAACGAAGAACUAAUAUGGGAAGAGAUUAUGAAAAUUAAAACAAUGCCGAUUAGUAUGGCCCACAAGAAAGAAUUAAAAGCAAAGCUAAAAAGCGCAGAUGCUUUCAGACUACAAGGUUUCCAGCAACUCAGAUGGCAAAAGCGGAAGAUAUGUAUUUAUUUAAAAACGAAAUGGUUAGAAUUUUAUAAUAAAUUCCACUUGUGGAAUUCGAGUAUGAGAAAAAUCGAAGGCCAUUGUGGCGCUGGUGUAGUGGAAUUCUUUCGUUUUAUAAAAUUGUUAAUUUUUUUAAACGCUUUCACCUUGGUUGUGGUUUUUAUUUUGUUGAUAUUUCCUUCGGUUUAUUGGGUAGAGUUCAAAGAAAACAACACGUCUGAUCUGUGGAACGAAUGUGGCUCGAGCAACGAGAGCGCGUCGAUCGAAUGCUGCAGUGCCAUUUACGAGAACGUGACCAGGAUAGCCAGGCCCCGGGUGACCAUUCAUUACGUCAUGGAUAUAAUUCAAGGGACGGGUUGGGUGGAGACCACGCCAAUGUAUUACAGUUACUAUCCAAACCAGCAUUUCAGCGUUGGUCAACUGUUCACGUAUCACAUACCGGUGGCGUACGUGGUGUCCACCAUUUGUUAUUUCGUGUUGUAUUUCUUGAUCAUUGUGAGGAAGUCGAUCAAAGGAUUCAAACAGAGAAUGGUGGAAACCCAGGUGCAGUACUAUUUGUACUCGAACAGCAUAUUCAUCGGAUGGGACUACUGCAUCAACAAUAAAAUAUCGGCGAUGCUGAAGCAGAAGGCCGUGUACAACGAGCUGCGGUCGUUCCUGGCGGCGGACCGGCCAAAAGCGGAAAACAGGAACCGCGGAAAGCACACACACGUGGCGGUCGCCCGGCUGCUGAUCUCGACGCUCGUGACCGCGCUCAUCGGGUCUGCAUGCUUCUCCGUCUACCUGACGUUCUACUACUCGAUCAAGCUGCUGCAGGGCGAGCAGACGUUCAUGUGGGCGUUCCUCUUGGAGUUCGCCACGCCCGUGGCCAUCACGUUUUAUAACGUGGUGUUGCCAAUCGUGUUCGACGUGCUGCUGAAGCUCGAGCACCGGUCCAUGUACCAAGAGACGCGGCUGUGCAUAUCGCGGAUAAUCUGCGUGCGCGUGUCGCUGCUGAUCGUGCUGCUGGGCUCGGCGUACCGGCUGAUCAACUGCGUGCGUGAGCAGUCGCAGUGCGCCAGUGCGCUGUGCAGCUCGCCGCUGUGCUGGGAGACGUACGUGGGCAAGAUCAUGUACAAGCUGCUGAUCGUUGACGUGGCGUGCAAGAUCGUCAUCACCGUGCUGAUCAGCUGCCCACGCAGCAUACUGAUCCGGCACUUCAAAAGCAACCUGUUCCAGGUGAUGUGCAAGCAGGAGCUGAACCUGGCCAAGCACGUGCUGGACGUCAUCUACGUGCAGAUAAUUGUGUGGCUGGGCAGCUUCUACGCGACGCUGCUGCCCGCCCUGGGCCUGGUGUCGCUAGUCAUCAUGUUCUACAUUAAGCGAUUCUCGUGCAUCGUCAACUACAGCCUCGCGCAAAAGGUGUACAGCCCGUCCCGCACGCACACCAUGAUCAUGUCCAUGCUGCUGGUGGCCUACGCGCUCUGCUCCGCCGCGUGGCUCGCCGCCAUGUCCAGGAUCACACCGUCCCGGUCCUGUGGCCCAUUCAAGGGGCUGUCGUCCGUCUGGAUGGUUCUGGCCGACACGGUGCGGGCCACACCCCUGUGGGCGGUUGCCGGCUACGAGAUACUGACCAGCGUCAACUUCACGGCACCGCUGGUCGUCACGCUGCUGUGCGUAAUCUACUACUACCAUACCGUGACGGGAUCCAACAAGAAGAUGAUCGCGGUGUUGCGCAAGCAACUCGUGCUCGAAGGCCACGACAAGCAGUUCCUGUUGAACCGCCUGAGCGCGUUCAUCAAGCAGCAAGAUAGAGGCCGCAAAGCGGCGGAGAACAGCGACGAUAUCAACGUGUUGAUCUCUUGA